GGAAACCCUCUCAUUUCAUUUUUCUUUUGGCCCGACUCAAUCUUCUUCUUCCUUUCCGAGCGAACGAACGAAGCCUGCAACUACUGUUGCUCAAGUUGACGUUUUUCAGUUUUUACUCGUGCGGAUUAGGGUUUUGCUUGGCUGCCCAGAAAAUUUGAAGGGGACACUGUUGUGUGACUGAGGUCGAGAGGAAGCAUUCGAGAACAAUGAGCAUUGUGCCCAAAGAGAAUGUUGAAGUAAUUGCACAAAGCAUUGGAAUCAGCAACUUGUCUCCAGAUGUUGCUCUUGCUCUCGUCCCCGAUAUCGAAUACCGCCUCCGUGAGAUCAUGCAGGAGGCUAUUAAAUGCAUGCAUCACUCGAGGAGAACUAGAUUGACAGCCGAAGAUGUUGAUGGUGCACUCAACUUAAGAAAUGUUGAGCCAAUCUAUGGUUAUGUUUCUGGAGGUCCUUUGCGGUUCAAAAGAGCUAUUGGGCAUAGGGAUUUGUUUUACAUUGACGACAAGGAUGUGGAUUUUAAAGAUGUGAUUGAAGCUCCUUUACCAAAAGCACCGCUUGAUACUGGAAUUGUUUGUCACUGGCUUGCUAUAGAAGGUGUACAACCUGCAAUUCCAGAGAAUGCUCCUCUAGAAGUACUUGCACCUCCUUCUGAUGGUAAAAUUUAUAACCAAAAGGAUGAUGGACUUCCCGUUGACAUUAAAUUACCUGUUAAGCACAUCUUAUCUAGGGAGCUUCAGCUAUAUUUUGACAAAAUCACCGAGCUUGUUGUGAGUAGAUCUGAUUUGGUUUUGUUCAAAGAAGCAUUAGUGAGUUUGGCCACUGAUUCGGGACUUCAUCCAUUAGUUCCUUAUUUCACAUGCUUUAUCGCUGAUGAGGUUUCUCGUGGCUUGAAUGAUUAUGCACUUCUAUUCGCUUUAAUGCGAGUUGUUCGGAGUCUUCUCCAAAAUCCUCACAUACACAUAGAACCUUAUCUGCACCAAUUGAUGCCAUCUGUGGUCACUUGCCUUGUUGCGAAAAGGUUAGGCAACAGGUUUGCUGACAAUCAUUGGGAACUUAGAGACUUCACUGCAAACCUAGUUGCUUCAAUCUGCAAAAGGUUUGGGCAUGUAUAUAACACUCUCCAGUCGCGUCUUACAAAAACUUUGGUCAAUGCAUUUUUGGACCCAAAGCGGACAUUGACUCAACACUAUGGUGCAAUUCAAGGUUUAGCUGCUCUAGGGCCCAGUGUGGUUCGCCUUCUUGUACUGCCAAAUCUGGAGUCAUAUCUGCGACUACUUGAACCAGAGCUGCUUCUUGACAAGCAAAAGAAUGAGAUGAAGAGGCAUGAAGCGUGGCGUGUGUAUGGAGCCUUGUUGAAUGCAGCAGGUCAAUGCAUAUAUGAUAGGCUCAAGAUGUUCCCACUUAUGUCGUCUCCAACGCCGCAAUCUUUUUGGAGGGCCCAUGGAAAACUUCGUAUUACUCUGCCAAAUAAACGCAAGCGAAGUGUGGAACACAUGGAAGAGCAACCGCCCCUGCAGAAAAUUGCAACUGAUGGGCCAACAGAUAUAGCGAUAACUAAUUCUUCACCAUCUCACAUGGAAGUAGACACAGCAGCUCCAGCUCCAUCAGGGGAUACUGAUGCAGGCCCCUCGUCGUCUUCUCAGAAAAUGCCGGAUGAGAGCAUUUCACACGGCACAAGUUCAAGGGGCAAGCCUGCUGGUCAGUCUCUAAAGAAAUCAGCUAUCCUCACUCAGGUUUGGAAGGAUGACUUGAAUUCUGGGCAUCUCCUAGUGUCGUUGUUUGAGUUGUUCGGUGAAGACAUUCUCUCUUUUGUUCCAGCCCCCGAGAUGUGUUUGUUUUUGUAACUAUCUGUAGCACUCUUGAAACUCAAGAUUGGUGUACAAAAGUAAAAAUAGAAAGAAAGAUUUCAGUGAGAAAUUUUUGUAUAAAUACAGUAGAAACUUAGAUAAAAUCAUAUCGAUUUACAUUUA